AUGGCGGCGGACUACCUCGCAUUUCUAGCACAUUUCAAGACAGUUUUUAAAAAUAUAUUUGAUCAUAUACUACCCUUGCUAUUUUUUUUUAUUAGUUGCCAUGUUCAAAGUGAUCAGUUUGUGACGGAUUAUAACUGCUCAGCAACCCCCACCAACACUCAAACGUUUACUUUGUCCGCCUUCCGCUUCGCUAGUGGAAGUGCUGGUGACCGGGUUUAUUUCCACUGUAAUGCAUUAGCGUGCUUGAUAAGCAAUAGUGCUUCCACUUGUACUACGCAAUGUAAUGCCUGCACAAGUAGACGAAAGAGACGGAACUUGGAAGAGCAAGAUCCAAAUGAAGUGCAUUUAGUUCUUGGACCAUUUACCAUCGUUGAAGAAGGCAAAACCACCGGGCCUACAGCCAAUGAAAAUGACAGUGAAGAAGAUUCAAACACGAUCCAAGAAGACAGCGAAAAUUUUCCCACGACUUGGGUGGUCAUCUUCUGUGCGGGUGCCAUGGUUGCCAUGGCAAUAAUAAUAGGCCUGGUGGUUAUGAUGAGGCUCUCUAAAAAUUCUCGUGGGCCUGCCGUGAAAAAUGUCACCGCUGACCUAGCUCAGGAUAAUGCAGCCUUCGACGAUACAGACGUCAAAACGCUGAGUGUAAAGUCAACGUAAAGUUGAGGAAGUACUAUAUUGAAAUUAUUAGUCAUGUGGAUAUAAAAACACGGGAGAUCUCCUAUUUCGCUAAUCCA